AGUCAAUAAAUUGACAUAAUAACAAAGUAUUUCUGUGUAGGUAAGUAUAACAAUUGUAACAUUUGCCAUACUUCUAUAAAUAACAAAGUAAAAUUAAAUUAAAUUAUGUCCGAAUUCGAGAUGGAUAUUGUGUCAGAGAGUGACGAAGAAAAUGAAAUCCAAGACUUGGAGCAACUUAACGCGGUAUUAAUUAAUGAUGAACCGUGCUCGAGUACAUCGGUUUCACAAAUUUCAAUAAGCACGAGUGUUGGCAGCUUUUCAUCGCAGUACGAGGAGUAUUCAAAGAUCGAGGCAGUGUUAAAUCUCAAUAAAAUGUGCGAUGAAAAGUGGCGUCGACUUGAAAGGAUACUUCAGUCUCGUCUACGAGAAUGUCGACAACGGUUGAGUGACAUUCAGGGAACGGAUAAUGUAACAAAUGACAAAGGUGAUAAAGUUGAAAAAUUCCGUUAUGUAAACUGUGGAAAACCUUAUUUCAAAGACAAGGCUAACUUUCCAGCUCCAGAUAACGAUGAUACUAUACUUAUGGCUAAAUCUGAAAUGUAUGACUUUUCAAACGUUGUAUCGGUCCCCGGCUGGACUGUCAAAGAUAAGAGUCAGUUUAAUACAUUAAUACUUAAGUUGUCACAAGAAAGAAGGAAAGCAGACAUAAAUUCUGAAAUCGCAGCAUUGAAACGUGAAAGCAAAAUAAAUGGGAAAAAUAAUAAUAAAAAAAUUGCAAAAUUAACAAAAGAAUAUGAUAAGGUAAAUAAAAUGCCGCUUAAAGAAAUAGCUCUCCCUAUAGAUGAGGAGUAUGACUGGGAUUUAAUAGCAAAUAAAUUAAAUUAUAGGCAUACUGCUCAGGAGUUUAGAUCUCUUUGGAAGUUAUUCCUUCAUCCGAAUAUUAAUAAAAACAUUUGGAGUAGAAGUGAGCAUAUAGCACUGCAAAAAAUUGCAUAUGAUGAAAAGCUACAGAACUGGGACAAGAUAGCAAAAGAUUUAAAUACUGGAAGAACAAAUUAUCAGUGUUUUGUAUAUUUCCGUACUAACAUGAUAAAUACUUUCACUGGUAGGAAGUGGACAAAAGAGGAAGAAGAAUAUCUUAAGAGAUUAAUAGAAUAUUAUAGAGAAGACAACUACAUUCCAUGGGGCAAGGUGGCAGCAUCAAUGGAGAAUAGAACUAAAAUUCAAAUUUACAAUAAAUAUUUUAGGAUGUGCGAACAAAGAAAAGGCAGAUUUUUGGCAGAAGAAGAUGCAGUCAUAUUAACUUGUUAUGAUAAUUUCGGACCAAACUUUAAAAAGAUGACAAAGUAUCUUCCAGGUCGGUCUCUCACACAAUGUAGGGUUCGAUAUCAGGUUUUGGCCAAAAGAAGAAUAUCCACUGUAUGGACAAUAGAAGAGGACAGGAAACUUGUCCAACUGAUGGCAAAUCAAGAUUCAACCACUAAUUAUUCGAGUAUAGCAACAUAUUUUCCUGAGAAAGAUAGGGUGCAUAUAAGAGCUAGAUAUUUAACAUUGUCAAAAUGGAUGAGAAGGAAUCCGAAUGUAGAUAUUGCCAAGGCACCGAGGCGUGGUGCGAGACGAUUAGGUCAUGGUCAUUCUGCAGAUGACUUAAAUAGAGCCAUAGAAAGUUUGAAAAAUAGAAUACAAUCAGAGGUGAUAGACAAGAAAAGCAAAAAAAUAACAAAAGAUUCACCAGAAAAUGUAAUAGAAGAUGCCAUUAUUGCUCACCUUGUAACUGAAAAUGUAAAAAUGGAAGAAGCUAGAAGAAUUCAAAGAGAGCAAGAAGAGGCAAGUGCUUCAGACAAUUUAGAAAUUCUGAGAAGUAAAAAGUGCAAUGUGACCAACUUACGUAAAAUACUUAUAUUACUGAGAGCAAAAUUAAAUAAGGAAAAAUUUUUGAAGAGUUCCUAUGGUGAAAAAUUUAAAGGAUUAUUGGAGCCGGACAGGGACACACAAACUUUAAAAGUAAAGUCAUAUUCCAAGCAAAAUUCAGAAACAGACAUAGUAAUGAAUGACACCCCUGAUAUAUGGGGAAAUGUUUUUUUAGGUCCCUUGAAUUAUGUUCUACCACCACAUUACUCAUCAAUAACUGGUUGUAAGAGAUUAAUGUCCUAUGUUUGUACUAAACAAGAAAACGAAGACAUGAUAAACUUAAAUGUUGUGAUUAGGAGAAAUGGUUUGUUAAAAGUUCAGGCAUUUUUAUUGAUGGAGCGGUUUAAUUCCUUGUUUCUGUGGCCAAUGUUACUUUCAAAUGCACAUCCAGAGACAUCUGGGGCAGUUAAUGAACUUGCACAUAAUUAUCCUGAAAAUUAUACAUUAUUUGAUAAUGAACACUAUACUUCUUCAAUGGUAAUUAGGGAAUUAGGAAAUGAUAAUGUAUCUGAACAAGACUCUUAAGUAGAAAAACUCAUGGUAUAUGUAUUUUAGGUAAACUUUUAAUGUUAAUGUAAUAAAUUUUUGAUGUGG